CACACACUCACACACAGCACGUCGUUCAGUCUAUUUGUUAGUGUGUGUUGAGGUGAAGUGACGGUGUGUGGAGAGAGGAAGUGGAGGAAAGGAAGAAAGUGGAGUGUGUUAAGUGUGUGUUGAAGAGUUUUAGGUGUGAUGGAGGGCCAGCCACAGGUGUUCCGCGAGGCGUGGAUGAACAGGUGUUAUGAGAGUCUCGUCUACCCCAACCCCUCGUGUGUGCAGCUGCUGGAGGAGGUUGACGCGCCCCUGACUCGUCGCGUACGGGAGCCUCUGGGCAGUGAGUUGAGGCAACAGGCUCUCUUCUCGCUGCUGGGGCCGGAGUACACCACCAAACACUUCCCCUACCACCGAUACAACGUCAGGAUGCUGGAGCCGCCCCUCAACCCCCGCCAGAAGGAGAGAUACGUGGAGGACGCCAAGCUCUUCCUCGACGAUUGCCUCAAACACGCCAUGAAAGACUGCGGCUACCCCGAGGAUGUGUCAGGCUACCACCGGGGGGAGACGCUGCUGGGGAGGUUCCUGGGGGAGGUCCGGGGGGCGUACAGGGAGGGCCUGAACCAACAGCUCGCCGUCAGGAUGUUUGAGGAGGAGACAGAAAAGAGGCAACAGCUGCAGAAGAGGAAGAAGAGAACCCAGGAUAAACAUAAGAGGUACCGGAACUCGAACGACGAAGAGGAAGAGGAUCAAGAGGAAGAGGAAGAAGAGGAGCCUCACGCGGAUAUUGGCCUUCCCGACGUGGCAGGGGAGGCGAUGGUGGCGGUGAUGGUGCAUGAUAAGAGGAGGAAAGAGGGGGUGGUCAAGAGGCUUAGGCAAAAGUACCUCCCCCUCCCCAACUCCCUCCGUCGCUAUCUGUGGUGGGGGGUGCUGGAGGGGAGGGAGGAGGGGGUGGAGGGGGAGGAGGAGGCGAAGGGGAGGUUCAAGAAGAGGCUGGAGAAGGAGAUGAAGAAGCAGAAGGUGAAGAGGGCGAUAGAAAGCAAGGAAUGGAAGAGUAUUGACAACUCUGUGAUUGAGGUCUACGAGAACACACCUGUCUUGACACACCUGGACACUGACCGCCACCUCCUGCAGACAGCCCGCGCCAUCAACCUGCUCGCCGUUCAUGACCGGUCCUACUCCUCCGCCGCUGUCUUCUUCCUCCUCCCCCUCCUGCUCCUCCUCAACCAUCACAGGGAGGAGGAAGAUGACGAGGACGAGGAGGAGGAUGGGGAGGAUUAUAAUGAGGCAGAGGUGAUGCGUGUUGGGGUGUGGGGGGAGCUGCUCACCCGUCACUGCUUGUUGGGGGCGGCGGAGGUGUUCGGGGUGGCGGCGGCGGUGGUGGCGGCGCUGGGGCCGGACGAGGCUUACCUGGCCCACCUCAACACCUGUCUGGAGCCCGCACAGGUGGAGAAGUUGAAUGUGAAGCUCUUCCCGCCGGAGGUUCUGCUGAGGGACGGGAAGGCUUCGGCCAAGCUCUACGGACAGCUGACAGAGGGGGGCCGAGGGGGGGGCAGCCGCUCCCUCCCCUCGGCCGCCAGGGAGGUGUUUGGAGCACUGGAGCUGUUCAUAAGAAAGUGGUUGGUGCAGGCGUUCGUGGGCGUGGUGAGCGUGCGGGCGUCGCUGUGGGUGUGGGACAUGCUUUUCCUGGACGGCUGGCGGCAGGAGACUCUCAGACAGGUGUGCGUGGCCCUGCUGGCGCUCAUCAGGCCGUGGGCGAUGCUGGCGACGGACUACGAGCAGGUAACCAAGGUGCUGCUGGAGGGGCCCGGCCGCGUGUACCUGAGUGACCUGCGCCGCGCCCUGGCACACUUGGAGGGGGGCGGCGCCUUCACGGACACCCCCCACACCGCGGCUCACUUAGGGGGCAGGGGGGGACGCGCUCACCCCCCGCCCUCGAUAAAGAUUGAAGACGCCGACAAUUAACCCCCCUCCCCCCUCCCCCCUUCACCCCACUCACCUCCCCUCCCCUCCCCUUCCUAGCACCCCAUCACCCCAAUACCCCCUGAC